AUGCUAAAGUCGCGCAAAUUUCUAGCGCUCAUCGUCCUGCUGUCCACAGCCGUGUGCACCCUCUUCCUCCUGCGAAGUCCCGAGCAGAUCCAGACUCUCGAGGAGUCUGCCUCGUCAUUACUACAGGACCACCAUGCUCAUGAGGAGAAUGCGCCGGUCCUCCCAGCAAGCUCCCUGCUUCAUCCCAUCCACCAGCUAGUGUCGCAAGCCGAGAGCGACUUCCAGACGCUCCGUGUGCGACAGUCGCGGUCUCUCAAUGAUGCGGUUGCCGAGUAUCGCAGGCGGUAUAAAUUACCCCCACCGCCUCAUUUUGACAAAUGGUAUAAUUUCGCAAAGAAACGAGGUGUCGAACUCAUCGACGAAUAUGACACGAUAUACCAUCAGUUACUGCCCUUUUGGGCACUGGAGCCGAAAGUGAUCCGGGAGAGGACAAGAGAGGCCGUCGGAUUUGACAAUGCCUUGAUCGCGGUCAUGAUUCGCAAUGGGAAAGUGACCAAGAUUGAAGGAGGAGGCGAUAUGUAUGCCUGGCAUCGAGAAGCCACACCCAUCAUGCUGGGAGACUUCAUCAAAUACCUGCCCGACAUGGAUUUGGCAUUUAACAUCCACGACGAACCUCGCGUUGUCAUGCAACACGACGAUCUCCAGCACCACGUCGAGGUGGCUCAGAGCACAAAUAUGCCCAAGGCGUACAACGCGCCAUCCCUGACGAACGGCUGGUCCCCACGCGCCGACGAUUUAGGUGAAGGUAUUCGCAUUAGAGAAUACAAAACCACGCGCUUCAACCGCUUCGCCCAUCAACCGACCUGGUCCAAUUCGCGGAUAUCGUGCCCUCCAGACAGCGCGGCGCGGAGCUGUCUCAAUGAUGAAUGCACGGAUAACACCACCGCCUACAGCGGCUUGCCGCUCGGGUUCGUCCGCAACGCAACCGCCUUCAGCGACAUCUGCAAUUCCCCUAGCCUGGAGAAGAGCUUUGGAUUCUUCGAUCGGCCCAACGCGUUUGAUGUCACACACGACUUGUUCCCCAUCUUCUCGCAGAGCAAGAUCUCCUCGUUCCAGGAUAUACUGUACCCGAGUCCUUGGUAUUUCAUGGGGAGAGUGAAAUAUGAGCCCGACCGAGACAUGCCCUGGGAAGAGAAGAACCCGACGAUGUACUGGCGAGGCAGCACAACUGGCGGCUUCUCUCGGGAUGGCGGAUGGAGGAGGCAACACCGGCAGCGCUUUCUGACCCAGAUCCAACCCCUCAAAACGGCCCAGAUUCUCGAGUUGGAUAACAAUUCCACGGCAGAGGAGAGUCUUUGGCGCGAGAAGACAGUCUCGAUGGCGGAUAUGGCCAAGUAUUUUGACGUCAAGUUCACCUACAUUGGGCAGUGUGACCCGGGGGACUGCGAUGCUCAGCGCGAAUACUUUGGCACGGUGGAGCCGGUCAACAUGUUCGAUGCACUCGCAUCGCGGUAUCUGUUGGACAUUGACGGCAAUGCCUUCUCAGGAAGGUACUACGCAUGGCUUUUGAGCAAGAGUCUCGUGUACAAAUUGGCCCUGUUCCGCGAGUGGCAUGAUGAAUGGCUUAGAGCGUGGGUUCAUUAUGUCCCGCUUGGUCUUGUCGGUGACGAGUACGCCGAGUCAGUCAGGUACUUUGACCAAGAGGAGAGUGGCAAGAUGGAGGGGAAGAGGAUUGCCAACCAAGGCAGGGAGUGGGCGCAGAAGGUUCUCCGGAACGACGAUCUCGAGGUGUGGUAUUUCAGGUUGUUGCUAGAGUGA